AUGAGCGAUCUUGUUAUUAACCAAAAGGUUCUACCGGACAUUUCAAAAUCGAAAUGGGACCAAAACACAUAUUCAGGUCGUGUCAAACAUUAUUUUGCAUCAGCCAACCCGAUGACCUUAUUCACGUCCUCAGCCACACAAGAAAAAUGUCGAAAGAUAGUUUUGGAUUACAAGAAAGGAGUAAUAAGUCCCGACCUGACAAUGGAUCAAUUGUGGAGAGCAAAGAUACUGUACGAUUCGAUGUAUCAUCCAGAUACCGGAGAGAAAAUGUUCUGCCUUGGAAGAAUGAGUGCACAGAUGCCAGCUAACAUGGUGAUCACCGGAUUGCUCCUCAGUUUCUACCGUACCUGUCCAGGAGUCAUAUUCUCUCAUUGGAUCAAUCAAUCGUUCAAUGCAAUUGUCAAUUAUACAAACAGAAGUGGGAAUAGUAAAACUACGAAUCAACAACUAUUUUACUCGUACUGUUUCGCUACUGGAGCGGCGACAACGGCGGCUCUAGGAUUGAAUAUGAUGGUUAAGAACAGUCAUGGAUUAGCGGCAAGACUAGUUCCAUUCGUUGCAGUGGCUGCUGCAAAUGCUAUUAACAUUCCCAUGGUUCGAGCGAACGAGCUCAUAGACGGAAUCGAGCUAUGUGAUGAAAACGAUCAACUCGUCGGUAAAUCUCGCCAGCUGGCUGCUCUUUCUAUUGCUCAGGUCACAUUGAGUCGAAUCGCAAUGGCUAUGCCAGAUAUGGUGCUCAGUCCUGUGAUCAUGAAUCGAUUCACCCGAACUGCAUACUACAAGGCUCGUCCGUUGAUUCAAAAAUAUUCGGAAAUGCCGAUUCAAACAUUUUUGACUGGAAUUGGACUCUACUUUACUACUCCAUUGGGAUGUGCUCUAUUUCCACAGAAGAGUGCAAUAGAAGUGUCAAAAUUGGAAGCAUCUGUUCAGAAAGAUAUUCUAGCUAGAGAUCAUGCACCAAAAGUUGUUUUUUACAAUAAAGGGCUUUAA